AUGGCGGCCCAACACGAGACGCCCUUCGGCGUUGGUGGCUCUUGGAUGUACGAGUGGGACUGUAGCAGGAGGAUGGGUGAUACUUCCCGUGCGUCGCCGCGCCUCAUGACGUCGACUGCCGCCGCUGCCGUUGUGAAGGAUGCUGUGUCGGUGUGCAGUUCAGGCUCCCCCAAGGGCCGCAGGGUGGUGGUGCAGCGGCCCAUGUGGUCUUUGGACGACUUUGACGUGGGGCGAAAGUUGGGUGAGGGACGCUUUGGCAAGAUUUACCUCGCAAGGGAGAAGCGAACGAAGUGCGCUGUCGUGCUAAAGUGCCUUUCAAAGGACAUGAUCCGCUACCACGAUCUCGCCCACCAGCUAAGGCGGGAGGUGGAGCUGCAGGAGUACGCAGGACGUCAUCAUUGUCAUAUCUUGCGCCUUUUUGCGUACUUUUGGGAUGAGCUGCGGGUCUUUUUGGUGUUGGAGUACGCGGACGGGGGGAACCUGCAGACCCUACUGGACUCACGGACGCGGCAUCGCCUGUCGGAGGAGGAGACACGAGGUAUUCUGCGGCCUCUGCUUUCAGCGCUCGACUUUCUGCAUCAGCGGGACAUUAUCCACCGCGACGUGAAGCCGGAUAACAUUUUAAUCAAAGGCGACGAGGUGAAACUGGCAGAUUUUUCAUGGGCGGUGCGUCUUGACGGUGGGGUUUCGCAGCACUCCCGCCGCUACACACUUUGCGGCACGGUGGAUUACCUUGCACCAGAGCAGGUCUUAAAGCGGGGUUGCAGCACGAAGGCGGAUGUGUGGGCUCUUGGAAUCUUGACCUACCGCGUUCUGUGCGGUUGUCUGCCGUUUGAACACCUCUCCACGUGGGAGGUGUGUGCCCGUAUCUCAAAAGGGGAUGUGCGCUUUCCCGCACACCUUUCAACGGAGGCAUGCGACUUUAUGAAGUCUCUCCUUUGUGUGGAUGAAGCAAACCGACUUUCCUGCCAGGAGGCCCUGCAACAUCCCUUCAUGCAGGGCAUUAGUUGUGGUCUGGGCGAAAGUAGUGUGGAGACAGAGCUUCCAAGCGCCGUGAGCCUUUCGUGCGUAGCCACGCCUGAGCCGUGGGAUGCACAGCUGAUGCAACUCUUUCAGCCGACGCACACGACGACCACCACAGCGGAGGCGGCGGAGGCGGCGGACACCACAGCGGGUGAGCGAAGGCGACAGUCGCAGACCCAACUGCCGCUGCAAGUAAGCGAUAGAAGUAGUGGGAGCGGUGGUAGUCCAAGUAUCACCAACAGUGGCAAUGGUGCUGCUUGCAAGUGGGCUACGACGGCCCAUUGCAGCCAGUCCCUUUCGGGUGCUAGUUUUGUCACGGUUAGCUCUUCUCAUUCCACGGAGCGCAUGCCGAGCAUGCACGACGUGUGCACACCCAGCGUCUCCCCCACCCCGCACACAGAAUGGGCGACGUUAGUGAGAAAUGUUGGCAAUGGAGCAGUGUCAAAGAGCAGUAGCGACGAUGUGGCGACCUCAAGCCAAGGGGCAAGUCUUAGCCACCCCCGUAACCAGAACAGCACAUGCGAUAGAAGCGGCUUGGUUACAACACAGUUUGGACCGACUCCAUCCCUCUCACCGCUGCUUGUAUACCCAAAUGUUGUCAGGGAAGACAUCGAGCAUGGGAAAGAGGAUGUGGAGCGAGACUGCGCUCUGCAGCUGCGCUUUGACGAUAGCCCUGUGCCCCUAUCUCAACUCACAGCCGCGUCAGCAAGCACCGUCGCUUCCGUCGAGGAGGUGUAG